GAACAGCAGCAAUACUGGUACCAGCAGCACCUCCUUAGCCUGCAGCAAAGGGCAAAAGCCCAUGCUCAGGGACAGCAGCAAAUGAAAGGUCCAGUGGUGAAGGAUGCAUCCGAGCAGAGAGCAAAGUCUGAAGAAGGGAAAAUGAGUGCUUCAGCUCAGCAGUCUGAACCUCCUCCGCUUAAUGAAUCCCUGCCUCCAGCUUCCAAAGACGAUGAGUCUUCUCUUACAUCCACUGAAACUCAGCUCAAUAUUGAACCUCCCGAUGACCCUGAAGAAGAUUUGAGAUUGCAGCAGUUGCAAGCAGCAGCAGCUCAAUGGCAGCAGCAUCCCCAUCACCGGGUUGGAUUUCAAUAUCAGAGAAUAAUGCAGAAGCAUGCCCAGCUGCAGCAGAUAGUACAGCAGUAUCAACAGAUCAUGCAACAGCCUCCACACUUACAGACAAUGUCAGUGGACAUGCAGCUGCGACAUUAUGAGGCACAGCAAAAACAGUUCCAGCAGCUUCAUAAAGAUUGGGAGCGAUCAAUGAACCAACAGUGGCAGCAUCAGCUUCAAACCUACCCUCACAAAGACCAGCUUCAAGAGUAUGAGAAACAGUGGAAAGCAUGGGAUGAACAGAUGAAGGUCACUCAGUCCCAUCUGCAGGAGAAAGUGAGCUCACUCCAAAAUCUGAAGAAUCAAUAUCCUGCAAACGUUUCGCUGCCACCUCCAUUUGUUCCAUAUUCUCAAACCACUCAAGGUGGCAUUCCUAUUAUGCCUCCGACUUUACCUUCAACUACACCUCCGCUGGUCCCCCCGCCUCUCUCUUCUGUUUCUCAGUUAUCUAAUUCCUCUGUCCCUUCAGGAUCCAGUUCUCAAAGCAGUCAAUCUACUGAGACACCAAGGCCAGCUCUGCUUCCCACCCCUGGUACCUAUGCAUCCAAAAUAGCUAGUUCAACUGUCUAUUCACCUUAUCAUUCUCAAGUAAGUUCAUCCUUUGGCUCUUCAGACCACGGAAAGUCUCAAGUUCAUCUUAGUAAACAAACUGUCUCUAUUUCAUCUGAGCAAGGAUGUGGGGAACUGAAAGCCACUUCUGCAGCAUCUUCAACACAUGUACCUACCAUGCAGGAUAAACCAGUGAGAUCGGGUGGAUUGCUUCCAGAUCCUCCCAGAUCAGCACGUUUUGAAGGACCCAGAGGCCCUAGAUUUGAUGGACCUCGAGGAAGAGGAUAUGACAAAUUUGAAGGCUCAAGACAGAGAGGGCCUCGUUUUGACUCCCAGCGCUCAGAAGGAUACAGGUCACGUUUUGACCGACAGAAUACAGAUGGACAGUCUUCAAGUAGAUGGGGGACUAUCCCACGAGGACCAGCAGCACAAUUUUAUACUUCGACAAAUACAUCACAUGGACAUGGUUCCCGACCUAGUGGCCCACGGUGGAGGGGGCCUAGGCCUCAUUUGGGACAGCAGCAGCAGCAGUCACAGACUGACUCACAGUCAGAAAACAAAGAACCUUUUACAGAAGUAGCUGGCAAUCAGCAGACUGUAAGCAGAACACAGUCUGUUCCUGAUGCACAGAGCGCAGGUCCCAUUGAGUCAAAUGAGGACCUGACAAACACUCAACAGGAACCAUCCAAACCUGAAGUCAAAGAAACUAUUUCAGACCCUCCUAAAAAGUGGACAUGGAGUUCACAUGAUCCUAACCAGCAAGUAGAAGAGUCCAAAGCACCUACUCCACCUAUUCAGAAUCAGAAAUCAACAUCACUUUCUAGUAGCCCUGUAGCUUUGCAGUCAAGUAUUGCAAGAACAGGCAGUGCGGUAACCCCUGUAACAGGAAAUCAGGAUUUGGAUUCACCAGAUGGCCAGUUGAUUGCUUCAGAUAGCACCCAGGGCUUACCUGGACCAGAAGGCAGAGGGAAAGGGCCAUUUAUGCAUGAAGAUAGAGGCAAGGGACCAGGAAGCAGAGGAAGAGGCCAGGGCAGACUGGAUGAUGGCCGUGGAAGAGGGCAGGGGGAUGGCCGUGGCUGGGGAAUGGGCCGUGGCCGGGGGAUGGGCAGGAUGGACGGUGGAUUGCUUCAGAUAGCACCCAGGGCUUACCUGGACCAGAAGGCAGAGGGAAAGGGCCAUUUAUGCAUGAAGAUAGAGGCAAGGGACCAGGAAGCAGAGGAAGAGGCCAGGGCAGACUGGAUGAUGGCCGUGGAAGAGGGCAGGGGGAUGGCCGUGGCUGGGGAAUGGGCCGUGGCCGGGGGAUGGGCAGGAUGGACGGUGGCCGGGGGAUGGGAAGGAUGGACGGUGGUUGGGGAAUGGGCAGAAUGGACGAUGGCCGUGGCAGAGGAUAUGCGUACAGGGGCAGAGG